AUUAAUAAAUAUAGAAAAUGGACACGAGGAAAUUGGCGGAAAUAUUAAGGGCAACUAUUGACCCUAAUCAACGGCAGCAAGCUGAAGAUCAACUUACACAGAUACACAAAAUUAUUGGAUUUACACCAUCACUGCUACAAGUUGUGAUGUCAAAUGAUGUCCAAAUUCCAGUGCGUCAAGCUGGUGUUGUAUUCCUGAAAAACCUAAUAACAUCAGUAUGGCAGGAAAAGGAGGCUGAAGAGGGUGAACCAAUCCCGUUCAGCAUUCAUGAGCAAGACAGGGCCAUGAUUCGAGACAUGAUUGUUGAUGCUGUAAUUCAAGCACCAGACAUUAUAAGAGUUCAAUUGUGUCUCUGCUUAAAGACCAUAAUCAGACAUGAUUUUCCAUCACGUUGGACACAAGUGGUUGACAAGAUCCAUAUUUAUUUACAAAAUCCUGAAGCCAGUGGAUGGAUGGGAGCUCUUUUAUGUCUGUACCAACUCAUCAAGUGCUAUGAAUAUCAUAUAGCUGACAAGAGGGUGCCACUCAUGGAGGCUAUGAAUUUAUUGCUACCCAUGAUGUAUAACUUAAUAGUGAACCUCCAGCCUGAUCAAUCAGCUGAUUCUGCACUCAUUCAAAAACAAAUACUCAAAUGUUUCUAUUGUCUUAUAAAGUAUUUGUUGCCAUUAGACCUGAUCACUAAAGAGGUCUUUACAAAAUGGAUGGAAGUUUUUAGAGCUAUAAUGGAGCGACCAGUGCCUGAGCACACCCUUCAAGUUGAUGAAGAAGAGCGCUUGGAAUUGCCAUGGUGGAAAUGUAAAAAGUGGGCAGUCCAUACAUUAUACCGCAUUUUUGAAAGAUAUGGAAGCCCGGUCAAUGUUCGCGAUGAAUAUGUCCAAUUUGCAGAAUGGUAUCUUAGCACUUUCACCAGUGGUAUUUUGGAGGUGCUGCUUAGAGUACUGGAUCAAUACCGCAACAAGAUAUAUGUAUCCCCUCGUGUUUUACAACUGACAAUUAGCUACAUUGAUCAAUGUGUAAGCCAUUCACAUUCAUGGAAGUUGCUUAAGCCACAUAUGUUUGCAAUCAUCCAAGAUGUUAUAUUCCCAUUGAUGUCUUAUUCUGAAGCUGAUGAAGAAUUGUGGAAUACAGAUCCCCAUGAAUACAUUCGAUUAAAGUUUGACAUAUUUGAAGACUUCCUGUCUCCCGUAUCUGGUGCUCAGACUUUGCUGGUAUCAUGCUGCAAGAAACGCAAGGACAUGCUGGAGCGCACAAUGCAACUCUGUAUGCAAGUGUUAACAAGUCAAAAUGGCGAAUAUGGCCCCAGACAACGUGAUGGUGCUUUGCAUAUGGUGGGCACAUUGAAUGACAUCUUGACUAAAAAGAAGUUCUACAAAGAAGACAUAGAUUCCCUUUUAAGUCAGUAUGUGUUCCCAGAAUUCCGUAACCCUUUGGGUUACAUGCGAGCAAGAGCUUGCUGGGUUUUACAUUGCUUUGCAAAUGUUCCCUUCAAGAAUGAACCACUGUUAAUGGAAGCUGUUCACCUAACAGUGAAUGCUUUGCUGACUGACACAGAACUUCCUGUGAAAGUCGAGGCAGCUAUCGCUCUCCAGAUGCUACUAGUAUUACAAGAUAAAGUUCAGAAAUAUCUAGAACCCCAAGUCAAAGCUGUUACAACAGAACUGCUAAAGGUUAUACGUGAAACAGAGAAUGAUAACAUAGCAAAUGCUCUUCAAAAAAUUGUUCCUCUGUAUACUGAACAGUUGAUGCCGAUGGCAUUUGAAAUCACUGAUCAUCUUGCAACAACCUUUAGCAAAGUUGUGCAAACAGACUCUGGGACUGAUGAAAAAGCCAUCACUGCAAUGGGUCUUUUGAAUACCAUGGAGACUGUUCUUAAUGUUAUGGAGAACAAUCCCAAGAUAAUGGCACAGUUAGAAAAGACGGUACUUCGUGUGGUUGGAUACAUCCUUCAAGGCAAUUUAAUUGAAUAUUACGAAGAAGCUAUGACGCUGUUAUGCAACUUAACUGCGAAAUCCAUUUCUGAAGAUAUGUGGAAAGUUUUGGAGUUGCUGUAUCAAGUAUUUGAAAAGGAAGGAUUUGACUACUUUGGUGACAUGAUGCCAGUGCUCCAUAACUACAUCACUGUUGAUACGAAUGCAUUCCUAUCUAAUGAAAAUCAUAUACUUGCUAUGUUCAACAUGGCCAAAGCAGUACUGAAUUCUGAUGCAGAAGAUGACAGUGAGACAUAUGCAGCUAAAUUGCUUGAGGUGAUGGUACUUCAAUGUUCUGGAAAAAUUGAUAAUUGUCUCCCAUCAUUUGUUGAGCUUGUUCUAAACAGACUGACCAGAAAAGUCAAGACGUCUGAGCUGAGGACAAUGUUACUUCAGGUAUUGAUAGCCAUCCUGUAUUGCAACCCGCCUCUACUAUUCACAAUCCUCAACAAGUUGCAAGAAUCAGUACCAAAUGCAUCAAUAACACAGCAUUUCUUCAAACAAUGGAUACAUGACACUGAUUGCUUUUUAGGUCUCCAUGACAGGAAAUUAUAUAUACUGGGCAUCUGUACUUUACUUGAAAUGGGACCGCAGCGGCCAAAUAUUGAUGAACUUGUGCCAAAGAUUUUGCCAUCCUGCUUAGUGCUGUUUGAUGGUUUGAAACAUGCGUAUGAAGCUAAAGCUGAAGCAGACGACGACACUUCUUCAGAGGAAGAUGAUGAUGAAGAUGAAGGAGCUGAAGUGCUUUCCAGUGAUGAAGAUGAUAUUGAAGAAAUGAACAACGAGUAUUUAGAAAAUCUCGCACGUAUGGCAGUUAAAAACAGCGCCGAGCAAAAUGUCACGUUAACAGCCAAAUUAGAAGAAGUAGAAAGUGAUGACGAUGAUGAUGAUUAUGUGCCAGAUGAGUCUGCCAUUGAGUGCUACACAACUCCUUUGGAUGAUAAAGACUGUCCCGUUGAUGAAUAUGUCAACUUCAAGAAUACGCUGCUAGGUCUAUCUGCUCGCGAGCCAGCACUUUAUCAUGCUUUGACCAGCGUUCUCACUGAGGAGCAACAGAAAGAAUUGAACGCAGUGUUCGUCCUCGCCGACCAACGUAAAGCUCAGCAAGAUAGCAAACGCAUUGAACAAAGUGGAGGAUAUUCCUUCACGGUGCCAGCACAAGUUCCGACCUCGUUCAAAUUCGGCGGUUAAAUUAUUUAAAAAAAAAAAAGAUUAGUCAUUAACAUAAUCAAUACUAUUGGAAUAUAAUUUUUACGU